ACAUCUUUCAUCAUCCUCCCUUACAUUACUCAUCCUUAUCCUAUUCUGAUAUACUUUUGUACGUAUAUGUUUCGCCGUCUUCCACAUGAAAUUUAUUAGUCAACCAAGUGGCCGCGAGUUCGAUUCUCGAGCAUUCCGUUGAGGAGUGAGAGAUGUGUAUUUCUGGUGAUAGAAGUUCACUCUCGACGUGGUUCGGAAGUCACGUGAAACCUUUGGUCCCGCUGCUGAAUAACCACAGGUUCCAUGCAACGUAAAAAACACCAUACAAAAACAACCAUGUUCUCCAAUUGGACGCUAAACUGUACAUGUAAUUUGUUUCAAAACGUAAUAUGGUGGUCUUCUAGACUGAAAGCAAAUUCACUCCAAAUAGUAUCGGAGAGAAAAAAGAAAGAAAAAAAAAAGAGAUGUCAAAUGAGUCAUAAGGUCAUGAGAGAUCCACCUCCGAUAAAGAGGUAAAUCCAAGAUAGAAUGAAGACAGACUUGAAAGAGAGAGAGAGAGAGAGAGAGAGAGAGAGAGAGAGAGAGAGCAAUAAUCUAAACAGUUACCUGUUAGGUUAACAGAAAUCUCUAAUAUCUUGGGUGUUUAUUAAAAUCUACUAUAUUAGAAGACUUGACCUAAACAGACAAACAUUUAUGUUAUGUCAUCCUACCUAUAAAUAUUUUGAACAGUGAAGUUACUAUAAGGUUAAGAUAGCAUUUUUGAUUCUGUUACGUCCAAACUUAAUAACAAUCUUCAUGGAACAGAGGAGAGAAUUACGUCCAGUCUCUGUUCAAACACAGUUUCUCUAUUCAGAUAUAAGUUUCUUGGAUCGUUCAUGAAGAGACUUCAACCUCACAGAGGUGACAAGAGGAUUUUGAGAGAUGAAUGCUGAAUGAGACACUGGAAGCUGAAUUAUCAUGCAAAUUCUCUGCGUGAAAGAAACUGUAAAGCAAAAAGAUGGUUUUUAAAUCCAGAGAGAAGAGAGAUAAAAUCACAAACAAAUUUUUAUCAACAGAUCAUUGUUCUGUAGUAGGGGAAUUAGACUGGAAAGUUGUCUGACACCUCAUCAGAAUUUCACGUCCAUUCCAAGAGCGGAAGACUGGGGCCAUUAACAAGAUAUGUUUACCUUACAGAACUUCUCUUUCAAGUCGGAAUCUUUGAAGAUAUCAGUACGACAAGAGAAGAAGAGCCUUCCAAGUAUCAUAGCGGGCUUGGCCAAGCUUCAAUAACAGCUGUAAAUCGUGUUUUUGAAAUAAACUUGAAUUAGGAAACGUUGUCAUUCCGUUAGGGACAUAUAAUUCAAAGAAGUUUAACAAUUCUCUGACGCAUUCCUCUUCAGAAAAGGGAAUCAGAUUAAUGCCUUGUUCAUGCAUAACGAAGAAGAAGGAUGCGGUUAUUAAGAAAAAAAUAUCAGGACGUACAGUAUAAAAAUUGAAUUAAGAAUUGAAGUUUCAGCAAAGCAAGGUAAAACCGCCUACCAUGGGUGAUUUUUACGAAAAUCAAAAGGCUCAUCUCUGACAAAUGCUGAGAAAGACCUACUCAAACAUGCUGUGAGUGGGUUAAAGGAGUUUUCAAGGUAAGUCAAAAGUUGAGAAAAUGAGAUGCAAUAGGACCGUAUGUCCGGAUAAUAAAUAAACUAAGAGCAGAAAUAGUUUGGGAAGGAAAGUACCCACUGAUUUCUCUCUUGGUUAACGAGUAUAGGGGUGUAAUACCAUAUUCGUUGGUAGAGUGAGCAAGAGCCAUGGCAGACACUCAGAUGAGCCAAUUUUAUGACACCUAAGUAAAAAUACAAAAUUUGCUUUAAGAAUAUCGUGAGAUAUUUGGAAAUUUUGCGAGAGGCAGCACCACAGCAAACGGAGUUUUAAGAGAAGCUGUAGGGGACUAGAAGAUUUGAGAUAAAACAAGAAGAAGAAGGGGAAGAAGAAGAGCUACUCUGAGCUGGGUAGUCAUGGAUGGGAACCAACAUUUCUGCAAGGCGAGUCUGCCGUCUCGGGUACUUUAAUAGCUCGAACGCUCAAGAUCCCCUACUGGCAUAAUGCAAACUUAAUCCAAAAUCCAAACAGUGUGUGGUUGAGGACUGUGUUAAACUGGGGUAGCUCCCUCGUUACCAAUGGUUUCUUGAACCACAAGAAAACCCUAAUUUCUAUAGAGUCAGCGUGAUGCUGACUCAUGUGCACAAAGACUCUACCUUGAUUGGCAGCAAAUUCGUACAUGUAUGUGUUUGCAAAAGGAGGAAAUGCUACAUCAGUGAUUGCGUCAGUGCAUAAAUGCGAUCGUCUAAUUGUUUCCUUAUACUCAUAUGAUAUUUGGAUAGUAUGUCCUACUUCUUUCACCGUCAUCUGGUCACAAAAUAUUCGCACUUCGUCGAGAGGCGAAUUGCUGAAGCUACAGUAUCUCCCUCCCCACCCCCGUCCCCAUCCCCACUCCGUGUACCCCAACCCCCCUCUCUCCCAACAUAUGCAAAGCAUUUCAUACCAUUUAAAGAAAGGUUUGAAAUGAAGGCAGGAACACUCAUCACCACUGACAAAAAGAAAGAAAGAUUACUCAGAGAAAUUCAGAAGAUUUACACCUUCCUCUAAAAUGAAAACAAGAAGCCACAUCAUCAUCCACAAGAAUUAAUAGGAAAUGCUUGAAGAAAUUCACAGAAUUUACUUACUCGUUGUUUCGUUUGAAUAAUGACGCCACGCAGUAAUUCAUAUGCCUCUUCUGAUAAGCCUGAGAAUAUUAGUUGUCGGAUAAAAGCAUCUUUGCGGAGUAGCUGCCCUGUUGUGGAAUUGCUUGCUCGUGCACGGAUAGUACUUUGCAGGCCUUAUUGAAUGCAAAGAGGGGAUUAUGUACUUCCUGGUGGUUUUCUUCUGUUUUUCUUCAGUCCUUAGCUCGCCUCACUGGGGGCCUCGAUAUUAUCGCCACCGGCGUACUGGCAUCAUAGGAGGCGACCCGGCUUCUGCGGGAGAACUUCCAUACCAGUUGAGUCUCCAGGACACGUCCUUCGGCUUCCGCUUCCACUUCUGCGGUGCUGUUAUCUACGACGAAAACUGGGGCGUCUCAGCUGCCCAGUGCUUCCAAGGGGUUGACCCGGAGGACCCAGGUGGCAUUGUCGCUGUCGCCGGCGAACUCCAGAGGGACAUCACAGAAGGUCCCGAACAGACCUCCCGAAUAUCGCAGUUCUUCCAGCACGAGUUCUUCAACGGCUUCACCUUCAGCAACGACGUAGCCGUCUUCAGGGUCUCGACGCCCUUCGUCUACAACGAAUUCGUCCAGCCAAUCGCCCUGGCACCGGCCAACCACACGGCCUCGGGCAACUGCACCAUUUCGGGCUGGGGGGCCACUGAAGAAGGCGGAGUACCCUCGGAGUCGCUCAUGAGAGCGUUCUUGCCCGUGCUGACUGACGCCCAGUGUCGAGUGACCUACGGCGACGCCCUUGAGGAUUCGAUGAUCUGCGCGGGCGUUCCUGAAGGCGGCGUCGACGCCUGUAACGCCGAUACGGGAGGACCUCUCGUGUGCUCCGAUCUCGGUGGGCCUUACCUGGCUGGUAUUGCCUCUUGGGGGCGUGGGUGUGGCAGGCCUGAUACACCUGGCGUUUACUGUGAGGUUUCUUAUUAUGUUGACUGGAUCAAGGCUCACGUAUCUCAGUAAAUGGACCAUUUUGAUCGCUUACUUAGCAGAGAAAUGGAGGUGAAAUCA